GAAUCCAGCCGAACGGCUUUGCGGGAUUCGUGUCAGAUUCUUCCGUAUUGUUAGACUCAUGAUUCCGGGUGUGACAGUCAGCUGACAGCACUUGUAUAGUGUCAGUCCACUCGUGCAUAGUGUAUUUAAUGCAAAACAAAGAUUAAAAACUGCACAAUGGCCACAAUUCCACCGAAAAUCAAGGUGCAGGUCAGUGGAAAAGAGAGGUUGCAGAAACUGAAAGAGGCUUUUCAUGAAACAUAUGGACAAAUGCCUGUCUUCUACGCUUGUGCUCCAGGGAGGGUGAAUUUGAUUGAGCAUAUUGAUUUUGUUGGCUAUGCUGUCCUGCCAAUGGCAAUAGAGCAGAAUAUUCUUGCUGCAGUUUCUGUCAGCGACUCCAAAACAAUCCAGCUGGCCAACACUGACCCCAAAUACAAGAAUUUCACUGUGUCUGUUGAUGGCAUCUCCAUUGACAGAGAGAAUCCUCAAUGGCACUAUUACUUCCUUUGUGGAGUGAGAGGAAUCCAGGAGCACCUGAGCUUGUCUUCAUUGGCAGGGAUGUGUUGUGUGGUAGACGGGACUAUCCCGGCCAGCUCAGGUCUUUCCAGCUCCAGUGCCCUGGUGUGCUGUGCCGGUCUGGUCACGAUGGAGGCCAAUCAGAAGUCUCUGUCUAAGGUGACUCUUGCGGAGACGUGUGCCAAAUGUGAGCGUUAUAUUGGCACUGAGGGGGGAGGGAUGGAUCAGUCCAUUUCUUUCCUGGCGGAGGAGGGAACAGCAAAGCUGAUCGAGUUUAAUCCGCUGCGAGCCACAGACGUGAGGCUGCCUGAUGGGGCUGUCUUUGUAAUCGCCAACUGCUGUGUGGAGAUGAACAAGGCGGCCUCAUCUCACUUCAACAUGAGGGUGGUGGAGUGCCGCAUUGCCACGAAGAUGCUGGCUAAGGUGCGCGGCCUGGACUGGAGUCGUCUGCUGAAGCUGGGAGAUGUGCAGAAGGAGCUGCAGGUGAGUCUGGAGCAGAUGCUGGAGCUGGUGGAGGAGGCGCUGCACCCUGAACCCUACAGCACAGACGAGAUCUGCAAGACUCUGGGCAUCAGCGCCGAACAGCUGUGUGAAAACAUCCUCAGCGCCAACACACAGCAUGCGACUGAUUUUAAAUUGUACCAGCGUGCCAGGCACGUGUACGGCGAGGCUGCACGCGUCCUGCAGUUUAAGGCCGCGUGCGACUCUUCCCCUGCCAACGCCGUCGCUCAGCUGGGCGACCUGAUGAACCGAAGCCACGCCAGCUGCAGAGACUUGUACGAGUGCAGCUGCCCUGAGCUGGACCAGCUGGUGGACAUAUGUCUGCAGGCGGGUGCCGUGGGGUCGAGGUUAACCGGAGCUGGAUGGGGAGGUUGCACGGUUUCCAUGGUACCCAGGGAACGAAUAGAUUGCUUUCUCCAGACUGUGAGAGAACAUUAUUACGUGCCUGAUACCCGUCGAUCCGCUCUGGAAAAGCAGAGUUUAUUCGUGACAAGGCCGGGAGGAGGGGCGGCAAUUUUCAUAGAGGAAUAAAUAGUAGCGGGGCAAUUUUCUCUCAUUUUAGCAACACAAACGAGCCUGUGGCCUCAGAAGCAGGAGGUGGUAUGUAUAAUGGCAGAUAUGAUGAAAGGGAAAAAACAGGCCGUAUAAAGUCUGAAUGGGCAUUUUUACUCUGUAUGUCUUAAAAGAAUGAAGAAAUCAGCACUCUGAUCAUUUUAUACCCAAUUUAAGGUUGUCAAGGCAUUAGAGAAAGUGCCAAGAAUUCCUGCUUUGAGGUACUUUCUGAAAGCGUUGAAGGUCAAUAUUCAACUUAAUGUGAUUCUACUUUUUAUAAUUAAUAAUAAACAUGUCGUUAGUGCUUUUUACUAUGGUAAUCAUCACUAUUACUAUUGCUCAUACUUGUCUUUAGGGAUUCAAUCUACCUUGGAAGUAUUACAAGUAAACUGAAGUAUUGCUCUGAAGUUGCGGUCACAUUUUCCGUUGUUUGGUGAAUUUUCGUGGGCUAAAUCCAGUCAUUUCAAUCUAUGCAAGCAGGAAUUUCAUGUGAGGCCACAAGAUUUCCCCAUGCAGAUUUUGCAAAGGGUAAAAAAAGUGCUAUAUGAAACAUGAAUGCAAACAUUCCUUUUUUAAAAUAAAUUAAACAA